UAUCUCUACAUCUUCUUUAUAUAUUACUCUCUCUCAAAUUUACAUCAAAAAAUGAACUUGCCCUCAAUCUUGUGCUCAAUCCUGCUUGCUGCAGUGAUAGCAUGGGGAGUGAAAUUACUGAAUUGGGUCUGGCUGAGGCCGAGGAGGCUGCAGAAGCUGCUGAGGCACCAGGGGCUUAAAGGUAAUUCCUACCGGCUUCUUCUCGGAGACAUGAAGGAUCUCAUCUCAGUGAUAAAACAAGAGCAGUUCAAACCCAUCCAGCUCUCCGACGAUCUUGCGCCGCAUAUGUUUCCUUAUUUUCACCAAAUCAUCAGCAAAUAUGGAGAGAAUUGUUUCAUAUGGUUUGGACCGUCGCCGAGGUUGAUCAUCACUGAUCCGAAGAUUGUGAGAGAGAUUCUUGCGAGGCCGGAUAUAUUCCGGAAGCCGCUGCCCGAUCCGAUCGGGCAAACGGUGGCCGGAGGGCUGCUGUAUCUCGAGGGCCAGAAAUGGGCAAAACAUAGGAAAAUCAUCAAUCCAGCUUUUCACAUGGACAAAUUAAAGAGUAUGGUGCCGGUGAUUGGUUUGAGUUGUUUGGACAUGAUGGGGAAAUGGGAGGCUUUGGUGGGUAGUGAUGGCAGCGGAGGCGAUUCGGUGGUGGAGAUCGACGUGUGGCCCUUUAUUGAGGAUUUCUCGGGCGAUGUGAUCUCGAGGGUGGCGUUCGGGAGUUCCCAUGAGAAAGGGAGGAGGAUAUUUGAGCUCCAAAAGGAGCUGGUGAAGCUCGUUUUGGAGGUCAUUCAGUUCAUGUUCAUCCCCGGUUGGAGGUUUGUCCCGACCAAGGCCAACAGAAGAACCAAAGCAAUGUCGGAGGAAAUCCGAUCACUGCUGAAGGGCAUCAUCGAGCAAAGAGAGAAAGCAAUGGGGAGUGAAAAGAAAGUUGGCAGCGAAGGAGAUCUCUUAGGUACAUUGAUGGAAUCGAAUAGAGAAGCUCACGGCAUGAGCAUCGAAGAUGUGAUCGAAGAAUGCAAGCUCUUCUACUUUGCAGGCUCGGAGACAACCUCGCUAGUAGUGGUGUGGACAUUGGUGAUGCUCAGUAAGCAUCAGGAAUGGCAAGCUAGAGCGAGAGAGGAGGUUCUUCAAGUGUUCGGAGAGAGACAUCCAUCCUACGACGGCCUCAAUCGCCUUAAAAUCGUGACGAUGAUUUUGAACGAGGUGUUGAGGAUGUACCCCUCGGUGCCACUGCUAGCUCGGGCGCCGACGGAGACGGUGAAAUUGGGGGACAUGACGGUGCCGGUUGGCGUGGAUUUAAUGCUGCUAAUAGGGGCGAUGCAUCAUGAUCCGAAGAUAUGGGGCGAUGAUGUGAGCGAGUUCAAACCCGAGAGAUUCGAGAGUGGAAUGAGAGGGCAAUCGGGGUUCAUGCCCUUCAGUGGCGGGCCUCGUGUGUGCAUAGGCCAGAACUUGGGCAUGAUCGAGGCCAAGAUAGCCGUGGCGAUGAUGCUGCAGAGAUUCUCGUUCGAGCUAUCACCCUCGUAUUUGCAUACGCCGUUCUUGAUCAUCACCCUUCAGCCCCAGCAUGGUGUGCCUCUGCUUCUGCGUAAGUUGAAGUAGCGGCGAACGCAGAAAAAAAAAUUAAAUAUCCUUAUUGCAUAAAAAUUUACAAAAAAAUAAUUGAUAGUUUGAUUCACAUGUGUUUACUUUAAAUGAUAGUAAAUGGAUAAACAUAAAUAUUUUUAUUUUA